UUAUUAAAAUAUCGCGAGAAGGCGACGAAAAUGUAUGUGACGUCACAUGACGCAUCAGCACAACUUCCGGUUGUUUUUCUACGGUACUGAGAAAUGUGGGGGAAAAAAAAGAGGUCAUGUUGUUGAACUCUUGACAAGAGUCUCUGGUCCUAUUGGGUGUUCAUGUGCUUGUUAAUGUUUAACUUACUGCAUUGCGCACCAAGCUGCAGAUAUCUGAAACUCUAAAAAGCUCAUAAGGACAGAGGAUUUUUCUGACAGAGAGCAUGGCUGUGCUGAGAGCCUCCAAACAAGCCCUGAGGAAAGAUCUGAAGCGUAGGCUUGCUGCGCUUAGCGCCGAGGAGAAGCAGCGGCAGUCCCUGGUGCUUUCACGCAAGCUGCUGAAACAUCCUAAGUACGUGUCCUCGCAGCGGAUUGCAGUGUUCCUCAGUAUGGAUGAUGAAGUGUCCACUGAGGAAGUAAUCAGGGACAUUUUCAAAAGGGGCAAAAGCUGCUUCAUACCCAGAUAUCUGAGCGGAAGCUCACAUAUGGACAUGCUGAAGAUCAACAGUCUGCAGGACUUGGAGAAUCUGCCUCUGACGUCCUGGAAUAUCCGGCAGCCGUCGGAUGAUUGCAAAAGCAGAGAGGAGGCAUUGUCUUCAGGGGGGCUGGAUCUCAUGGUGAUGCCAGGCCUGGGCUUUGACCUCAACGGAGGACGCCUCGGACGAGGAAAGGGCUUCUACGACACUUAUUUGAGACGCUGCAGUGAACACCCCAAAGGGAGGCCUUACACCAUCGCCCUUGCUUUCAAAGAGCAGCUCUGUCAAAAGGUUCCUGUGGACACCAAUGAUGUCUUCAUCGACGAAGUCCUAUACGAGGAGCCAUAACCAGUCAUUUCUAUGUACAUCUCACAUGAUCCAGGAUAAUUCAUGAAUCAAUUCCCACUUCAUAGGAAUAACAGAAUGUAUUCUUGUCUUUCUGACCUCCUGUGCAAUGAUGGUUUGGUUUUACACACUCACUAUUUGGUGGUCAUCCACAGAUGACCUACCUGUGAUGUAUGUAAUGACAUAAUACAGUCUGACCUACUAAUGAAAAAACAAAGAUUCAAAUAAAACACAAAAUAUCAAAUAAACCUGGUAAUGAGACUGAUAAUUUGGACUUACGAGUUUAUUACCAGUAGUUCCUCACGGUUGCAUAUUUUCUGAUCAUCGAGUUUUAACAAUUUAUGACUGAGAAAUGGUGCGUAAGUGUUCUAACAUAUAUUUAACAUUAUUGUGGAGCAAUUUUAGUCCAAUCUCCAUUUUCAGGAUUGUUUUACAUCAGUCCCAUUAAAGGAGUUUGAGCAUGAACAACCU